AUGCAUGUGCACGAGCAGAUGUUAAGGAUUGAGUGCGGCUACAAAGGGCUCCAGCCGUACUGGGAUGAGCCUAGAGACGCUGGCAAAUGCUCGUCCUCGAUCAUUUUCGACGCCACCACAGGCUUCGGUGGGGAUGGUCGCGAAUUAGACGGCUGCCUGACCGACGGCCCUUUCGCCAACUACUCCAAUGCGAUUGGCCCGGAAUUCCUUGUGACGGACCACUCCAUAGAUCGUAACAUUAGCGACGAAACAGCAUGGCCAUGCAUCCAAGUCAAGUCGCACAAUGGAGACCACACGGGGACCGGCGGCCAAGAUUCUACUAGGUCUCUCACAUUGACUCAGGUGUCAAACCCAAUUUCGUCUCCAGGAGAUCCGAUAUUCUACCUCCACCACACAUGGCUCGAUAAAGUAUGGUGGGACUGGCAAGCACAGAACCUGAUCCCCGUCUCUAUGAUAUCUCCGGGAACAACUAGCAACCGGCCUAACACUGCCCUUUUCGACGUCCCGGGAGGUAACAAUGGAGUGAUUGGCAAUGGAUGCACCAACCAGCCGCCACUCUACACGGGCUAUCUGUGCAAUGUUACAACGCUUGACCAUAUGUUGAGCUCGUUGAAAUUGUUGUCGAAUGCAACGAUACGCGCUGUGAUGGACAUUGGGGAGGCUGCCUUUUUUACGAGCAUGUCUAAACAGGAGUCAAUUCAUACGAGCGAGCCGCACGAUCGUCUCCGGCUCCAACGGCACUCGAAUAAACAAUGA